CGUACGCAUACUUCUGUAUGCUACUGUGUGUGCAUGUGAGAACUUUUUGCUGGGCGCUCGUCUGGAAUGUCUGGAUUUCUUGUGUCCGCUCUUGUUGCGCCCCCCCUACUAGCUUCGCCCCGGCCACUCCCCCAACUGUUCCCCCUUGCGCUGCAGGCGCACACAUCUGGCCUGGGCAUGCGCUUCGACAGACGUUUGGCUGCUUUCAAUGCGCGCUAUUCAUUCAGUUUUUCUUCAGACUCCGUUCAACGCGUGCACAACGCCUGCGCAAAAGGGAGCCGCAGCAAAAACAAAAAAAAAAAAUAAUAAUAAUAUUGCAAAAUUGAAAARCGUACAGAGUGAGAAAGAAAAAGAAGAAAAUGCCAACAGCAGCUGCAGUUUAAGCUUCAAGUAUAACAACAACUAUAAAGUUUGACUAUUUUCUUUCAUUCGCUUUCAACUGGGAGUGUGGUUGUGUAUGUGUGCGUGCGUGUGUGUGAAUGGGGUGAAUGAAUAACAUAAAACAGACAACGGCGAGUGGAAAGCAUAUAAAAUAAACAAUACCAUUUCGAGCUGGUCAGCUGAAAGGAAGUCGCCCCGUUGGUGGUGGUGCUAUUUGUGGUGAAUGUGGGUGUGUGUACGCAUAGCCAAAUGCUAGAGACGAUUAUGUACGCGGCCGAAGCGGACGCGUGUUCUGACAACGUUUCCAACUAAAUUACCAGAAAACAAACGAAGAAAUUGUUCACAAACUGCGCAAAAAACAUCAAGUAAAAUGUGCUACGUUAUCAUCACAAGUGUGAGUCUAGUCUGGUUUCUGUGCACCCUGGUCGCGGAUAUGUUCGUGGCCGUUGCUCUGGUCACACCCAAAUGGCUAAUUGGACCCCCGAUUGGCGGCGCCAAUUGGAGUCAGGCCACGCCCGGUUCUAAUCAGCGUUUAGAGUCUGUGGGCAUUUAUACACGCUGCAAGCAGAUGCAACAGCUGGGCUAUCAUUGUGGACGUUUCGACUUGGAUGGCUUUGCAACCGAUGGCAGUGUCUAUCCAUUGGAAUGGAAAUUGGCCAUGUUUUGCUUGUCGCUGGGGCUAGUGCUGCUCUCGUUGACGGUGUGCGCCACGCUGCUCACCUGCUGCAGGCAGUCAGCAUUUGGCAAGAGCAUACACAACAUGACGGCCUGUGCACAGGUGCUCGCAGGCAUAGCUGUGAUGUUGGCCCUGUUUCUGCAUCCCUUGGGCUGGCGGGCUGCACGCGUGCAACGUCUGUGCGGCCAGGAGGCGGAACCCUUCUAUCCAGCUGAUUGCAGCAUAGGCAUCUCCUUCUACUGUGCCCUGGUGGGCAUCCUGCUGACUUUCGCAGCCGCCGGCAUCAGCCUAAAGGCAGAAUCUUCCAAUUUACGAACACGCGUGCGCCGGCGCAUCGAGUCCGGCAGCAAACUCGUUUGCAUUCCAUAGCCAAUCUCGUAUCUAUGGCAGCUAAAACAUUCAACCGAUAAUUGGGCGUGUACACUUAAUUUAAUUUCGAAUUUAACGAUUUAACAUUAGCAUAAGCAUAAAUAAACAACUAGAAUUUCUACAA